GGAGUCGGGUAGCAGCAUCCUCCCGGGCGCCGCUUUAGUGCGGCCGCGGCGGGGGCUUCCUCUGCCUCGGGACCUCGUAGGGCAGAAGCCGCUGGUGACGCGGGGGUGGGGGGUCCCGCUCUUUUGCCUUCAGCUAGGUGUACAGAGUCCUGGGCCAGUCCGCGGCCACGGAGCGCCGGGGCUCGCCUGAGCCGCCCGCCAGGACAUCCUCCGGGUGAUGGAAGAAGCAGCCGCCGCUGCGGGGCCGCGCUGCACCCUAUCCGCGGCCGCCGGAGGGAUGGGAAGGUUCGCUACGUGGAGGCCAAGAGAGAGCGAUGGAGAGCAGAACAGCCUGGAGCUGGGGCGUAUGUAAGCCACCCCCCACUGUCGCCUCCUGCCUGCUUCGUGCCCCAGAGCCUGGAGGGAAGCAGCGGUCCCGAGAGACCUAAGGAGACGUCGCUGGAGCCGGGACGCGCCGCGCUCGGUGGAGCGCAGAGCUGGGCUCCGGGCCCGGUGAAAGUUUCCCCUCCCGGGGUGCAGGGCGCCCGCUGCUGGAAAACUCUGCCUAGGGCUAGGGCAGCGGAGUCUCGCGGCUCCCUCGAAGGCUUGGGGACCCCUAGCAGAAGAGAACCGGAGAGAAACCGAGGAGAGUGCUAGCCGGACAGUCCGCCGGUCGGGGAUCUGGGGACGCUCCGAGGCGCACCCUCCGCUCCAGGUCCUUCUCGGAGCCGCUGCCAUGGGAGAGCCAGCCCUGGGCGCCGGGGACCAGCAGCCUCUGCCGCCGCGCCCGCCUCGGAUCGGCGGCCCCAGUCCCGGCGCCCGCAGCCGGCCUGCAGCGUCCCCCUCCUGGGCUGCAGGGCCGCCUCCGCCGCGCCGCCGGCCCCGGCUGUGCCUGUGAUGAGCCGCAGCUCGCCGCGAGCUCUGCCCCCCGGUGCGCUUCCCCGGCCGCUGCCGGCCGCGCCUGCCGCCGUGCAGCGGGCCCUGCUCCCGCCGUGGCCCCGGCGCGCAGGACGCCGCUGGCCUGCGUCCCCGCUCGGGAUGAAGGUAUUUCGCAGGAAGGCGCUGGUGCUGUGCGCGGGCUAUGCACUGCUACUGGUGCUCACGAUGCUCAACCUCUUGGACUACAAGUGGCAUAAAGAGCCGCUGCAGCAGUGCAACCCCGACGGGCCUCUGGGUGCCGCGGUAGGGGCGGCCGGGGCCGGCUGGGGACGGCCGGGGUCGCCUCCUGCAGCGCCACCCCGCGCUCACUCUCGCAUGGACCCCCGCACCCCGUACCGCCCUCCUGCCGCGGGCGUGGGGGCAGUUCCCGCAGCCGCGGCUGGGAGUGCAGGAGCUGCGGCCUCUCUGGGCAAUGCUACUCGAGGCACCAGGGGUGGAGGGGACAAGCGGCAGUUGGUGUAUGUGUUCACCACGUGGCGCUCGGGCUCGUCCUUCUUCGGUGAGCUCUUCAACCAGAACCCUGAGGUGUUCUUCCUCUAUGAGCCUGUGUGGCACGUGUGGCAAAAACUGUACCCCGGGGACGCCGUUUCCCUGCAGGGGGCAGCGCGGGACAUGCUGAGCGCUCUCUACCGCUGCGAUCUUUCGGUUUUCCAGCUGUAUAGCCCCGCAGGCAGUGGGGGGCGCAACCUCACCACUCUGGGCAUCUUUGGGGCAGCCACUAACAAGGUGGUAUGCUCCUCGCCACUCUGUCCUGCCUACCGCAAGGAGGUCGUCGGACUGGUGGACGACCGCGUGUGCAAAAAGUGCCCACCUCAACGCCUGGCACGCUUCGAGGAGGAGUGUCGCAAGUACCGCACGCUGGUUAUCAAGGGCGUGCGGGUCUUCGAUGUGGCUGUGUUGGCGCCGCUGCUUAAAGAUCCAGCCUUGGACCUCAAGGUCAUCCACCUAGUACGUGAUCCUCGUGCUGUUGCCAGCUCCCGCAUCCGCUCGCGUCACGGCCUCAUCCGGGAAAGCCUACAGGUGGUGCGAAGCCGGGAUCCAAGAGCCCACCGCAUGCCCUUCCUGGAGGCUGCUGGCCACAAGCUUGGUGCCAAGAAGGAGGGUAUGGGUGGCCCAGCAGACUACCACGCUCUGGGUGCAAUGGAGGUCAUCUGCAACAGUAUGGCCAAGACGCUGCAAACAGCCCUGCAGCCUCCUGACUGGCUGCAGGGACACUACUUGGUGGUGAGGUACGAGGAUCUGGUGGGAGACCCCGUUAAGACCCUACGGAGGGUAUAUGACUUUGUGGGGCUGCUGGUGAGUCCCGAAAUGGAGCAGUUUGCCCUGAACAUGACCAGUGGUUCGGGCUCCUCCUCCAAGCCUUUCGUGGUGUCAGCUCGCAAUGCCACUCAGGCCGCCAAUGCCUGGCGGACCGCGCUCACCUUCCAGCAGAUCAAACAGGUGGAGGAGUUUUGCUACCAGCCCAUGGCCGUGCUGGGCUAUGAGCGGGUUAACAGUCCUGAGGAGGUCAAAGACCUCAGCAAGACCUUGCUCAGGAAGCCCCGGCUUUGAGAAGGGUUCCCAAGAGAUCUGACACUCUCCGGAGACACCCACAAAAAGGAUGGUGUUGUGUUUAAACAAACACAGCCCAGACCCAAGCUGAGGAAGCCCACAUAUUCUAUUAUAGAUAUAUAAUAUAAAUAACCACACAGGCACUUGCUGUCAACGUUUUGAGUCAGUGCAUUUCAAGGAACAGCCCUCAACUCACACGUGCAAACACACACACACACACACACACACACACACACACACACACACACACACACACACCCCUCAGAAAAGGCAAGACUUGAAAGUUCUGACAGAUUGCCCUGUGUCCCUGUCUCUUCUCCCUCUCUCCUUCCUCCCUCUUUCCCUCCUCCCUUCCAUAUUGAAGUGGAAUGUUGAUAAAUCAAGUUCCAGUAACCCAAAUCUUGUUUACAAAAUUUUCGUGGUAUCUGUGAAUGUGUAAGAGUAAUUUGGAUGUGGGAUGGGGUGGGUGGAGAAGGGGGAAGUGACCCCCAGAGCAGAAAGCCCCCACUGGGCUGGUAAAUCAAGGAGGCAGGUCUUCAAAGUAGACUUUUGUGUCAGCAAAGGUUAUAUGUGAGUAUUAAUAAAGAAGAUAAUAAAUAAUAGUCUUUUUAUAUUUGAUUCCAUUACUCCGGCUUUACCAGUGUUACUUGUCUCUGUAGCUUCAGGUGGACCCUGUCCCUCCAUUUCCAGCCAUCUACUUGCUAAGCUGGGACAAGCCUCUGCCUUCUUACUAACCGAGAGUUGUUUUCUCACAUGUAAAGCGUUGCCUGCCAGGUACCCAGGAAUGGAGCAAAUCUACAGGCAAAACCAAACAGGGUAGAGAAGAAAGAGCACACACUACUCUCCUGUUCAGCUUUGAGUCCAGAAAGGAAGAACAAGCCCUGGAGAGUUGAAGGCAUUCGGUUUUGAUUACUGCUGUAUUGAGUUGAGACAGGGUACCUCGAAGCAGAGACUGCUGGUUUUGUUCUGAUGUUGGUUCAGGGGGGAAAAAAAAAAAAGGAGAAUUUGAAAGACUUUGAAAGCAUACAAUUUUUUUUUUUUUAAACAAGUUCUGAUGACUAGAAUACAGUUUUCAAAACGAGGUGAUCACUUUUGGCAGUGGUAGCAGCAACUUCUGUUUGUUAGUGGGAUAAGAGAAACGUCUGUCUGGAGUGUAUUCUGUCUAUGACACAGUAAUCAGAGGCAUAUGAAAGCAAACACGUUUUAACUGGGACACUCCUAGGUUUUCUUUCUCCUCUGUCCCAUCCAAAUUAAUGAUAUUAAAGGGCAGGGAUUUGAACUCAUUUACUUGGGACUUGGGGUGUCCUGGAGAUAUGAUGUUCUCUUUAUUUCCUUAAGGCAAAUUUGCCAAGCGAUGAACAUGUUGCAGACAGUGUAGGGCUUUAGCUAAGAACGUUUGGAUACUGGAAUGAUCCCAAGGAAGAGGAAAUAGAUGCGGCUUAGUGUGUAGGAUUUUGAAAUUUGCUGACUUUCAGUGAGAAAACUAUUGAUCUUCCCAGCAGCGGUUAUGAUACUCCUAUGUCUGUGUCCUGAACUCAUAUUGUGCUGAUGUGUUCUGUAUGGUGUCAUGUUACGAUAAGAAAUUAUGAAGCCCAAAUAGGAAAAACAGACAGUAUAGUUGUAUAUUGUAUAUCAUAUCAAACACGGUACAAGUCCAGCAUCCUUGCAGCUUUGUUUUAAUGUAAUUUAUUAUAAGAUUCAGGAAAGCUAACAAGUGUGGGUUAAAUGCUGAGGACUUCUUAAAAAAAUAAUAUGUAUAUAGGAAAUGUUUUAACAGGAGGUGUUUUUGAAUUUAAUUAUCAUUACAAUGUAAAAUUCAAGAUGAAGAAACACUUAAAAAAAGGUGUAGUAGAACGGUUAUUUCUUAAUUUACUAAAAUUGUUGCUCAUGUCUUGUAUUGAGCUAGACUUUCUAACUCUAAUGCUGGUCAAGAUUUCCAUGGUGUUUUUAUGGUCGUGCCUUCAGCAGCAGGGGAAUCUAUGUAAGAGCUCUAAUUUAAGAAUACUUUAAAAUUAAAUGAACAAAAUAAAUAUUAAUGCUGGGUGACUAAAGAUGAAGAAGGCUUAGCAGCAAGUUAAGGUAGGGUCAUUAAAAGGCAAUGACUAGGCAUAACAUAACCAUUUAAAAACAAAUUUUAUAAGGCAUUAGAAUCAGCUCUUAUCAGCCACAGUGAAAUUCAUUUCUUGUUGAGCAAAAAGAUUUUUAAGCAGUUGACUUCAUUUUUCUCCAAUAUAUCCACACACUUGGAUUGCAGUAGAAUAUAAUUAUGUAUUUCUAUCUUGUAUUUAAGACGUAUUAGAUGCUCUACAGAGCCUUGAGGCUUACAGAGCAUUUGUGACCUCUGCUAAGAGGAAAUUCUCAGCUACCACCAACAGCUCUCCCUGCCUCUGUUUGCAGAGUUUCUGUCUGUAUUUUUCCUUGUGUGUGUGUGUGUGUUUUUUUUUUUUUUUUUUUUUUAAGCUGCCUUCUUUCCACUCUGCCACUCUUGGGCACCUCAAUUUGAAAAGGUGAAUUGUUGCUCCUGGAGAUUUGUACCUUACUGCAUUCUAGGAAAGUGAGAUGGGUGUUGUUCCCACUAGAGGCUGAGAUACUCAUAUCCGUGACAUUUAGCUGCCAGAGCUUGGGAGAAGGGGGGAGGCAUUUUUGGCGUUAACAAGCUCUUGUCAGCCCCUGGUGCAAGCCGACCUGUGCCAUGACAAACUGCAACAGAGCUGUGACCGUUUCUGAGGCAGCGUGUAUGAAAGCCAGCCUUUCACAUUUCCUAACCUGGCAGGAUGUCCAUCAGUGGGAGGAAGUAGUCCUCAGAGCAGUUUAUCUAUCAGAUUGUGUUUGUAAGUUCUGCCUGACUGGUAGCACGCCUGGCUUGGCCCUUAGACUUUGGAAUGUGUUUGCUAAUUAGAAAGUUCCAUUUAGAGAAUGAAGUGUAGGCAGUACAUUUAGUCAACAAUAAGAGUUUGGACCAAGACAGGGGCACAGGCUGGGUGCUUGAGUUUCAGGAAUUUCAGAGGCAAUCAAAGGCUGCAUUUACACUGACCCUGAGUACAGGGACAGGAGCAAAUUGGUGUCCUCCAGUGUCUACACACAACAAGUGCUUGCUAAAUACUUGUUAAGUAAGUGAAUGAAAUGUGUAACUAUCAAAUACAGAAAAGGUUUAGAGACAAAGAGAGGACGAUUGUGUUAACCUGUACAGAGAAAGUGCCAUGCUUCUGGGUGAGAUUGUGGUCCAUAGGCCGUGUUGAUGCGUGGAACAAGCAGUGGUGCAUCUGCAGCGUUUCCAAGGUGACACAGAUCUUUAAUCCCCACCAAGGAAUUGGAAAGAAAUGUAGAAUUUAUUAAUGUGGGGAGGAAAAAAAUUUCAAAAUAAGGAAUGAAACUUCCAGUGCUAGUUUUCUAAACCAACACAGAAGAAGGGCAGGGACCAGACAUAACCGUGGUUCAAAAUUGCUCAGGUGCCUAGAGAUGGUCCGUAAAGUUCAUUUUUGAAGAAACAAUAUGAUGUUUAUGGUUUUGGGUACUGUGAAUGCAUAGACUGAAGAAUCGUGGUGUAGACUGUGGCCAAACAGAGCAAUGGCCACUGUCAGAAAGUCCAUCCCACUGUGGAUGCUGAGUGAGACAAGUUCUGUCCAAGUCUUUUUUUUUUUUUUUUGUCAUGCACUGUAUAGUUGUGGCUGGAUUCUACUAUUGGCUUGAAAUGAAUGUGAAUUUGGGUGAAGCUAUGAAGUUAAUAUUCCCUGGGAACUGAGCAAUUAAAUAAAGAUCAUUUUUGAAACACA